AUUAACAGUUUUUUCAGGUUGCUUUGUGUGUGGAUACCGACUGAUUCACUUCUGCCAACUGCUCAGAAAAGAAGAAAAAGCGAGGCCCACAUUAACAGCUCAGCUCUUAGAGCAGUGCAUCCUUGUAAGAAAAGGGCGUCCAAAAUGCCUCGUAGCCACAGCUCUUGUGUCAGAUUUGAGUUAGCCAGUGCUAGCUACUUCUAGUUUGAGAGGCGGUCAGCGCAUGGCUACGCAGAAACCAGUUCUGACUCUCUCCCACGCAGACUCUUGACAUGGGGAGUAAAAUGUCCUUCAGCAGAGGAAGCAGUGACCAAAAUACAGUCUCUGAGUUAACUUCUGUGGCACCUCAACCUCGCAGUUCCAAUCAUGCCUCUUCGGACUGCAAGCAGAUACCCGAAGGUAAGACAUGCAGUGAGGGAGACGUGGACUCCAGGCGGGGAGAUAAAAUGAAAGGGACGGCGUUGAAACGGCCUGGGAGCAGGGAGUCUGAUGUUCAUGUCAGCUCUGAAAGAGCCGGCGAGAGAAACUGUCAGCGCAGUGAGGCAGUGCCCUCGCAGGCAGAGGUGGAAGCAAAAUCUCUGACUCCUGCCAGCGUGUGCAGCUCUACAACAGACAGCCAAGGGAAGCCCGUGAUCAUCCACAGGAAACGUGGGAGACCCCGUAAAAUCAAACCAGCCCCGACUGAAGACAAAAGAGUUCCAGAUGCUGCAGAUGCUGUUCAGCAUAAGGAAGUUAGCACCACCAUACCUUUGCCAGCAAGUGUGGAAAACCACAACAGUGAUGAUUUGUCUAACGCUGUGGAUAGUAAGUUAAUAAAUAGUGCGGCUCAAAAUGAGAUGCCCGCUCCUCAGCCUGUCCUGGAUAACAACGUACAAGUCGCUGCUCCUUUGCUUCCAAAAAGAAGACCAGGAAGGCCAAGAAAAUCAGAAAUGGCAGCUUUUCAAAACCAGGUUUCUAUGGCUGCUCCUGGUCCUCAUGCUAAUAAGUUUAGCAGUCCUGCACGAACACUGAGGAGUAGGGUGGAGCAACCUACUUUGAUGCAGGAUGAGAAGUUAGAAUCUCGUAGCAAGAAGGACAAGGAGGAUCUAAAACAAACUGAAGCGGGGACUACAGAAAGUACUCGUACAUCCAACUCUAAAGGUGUUAAGAGACGAAGGACUAAGUUGCAAAUUGAUCAGCAACUUCCAGCAAAAGUGUCCAAGCUGGAUGAAUCCCAGGAGGCCUUGCUGGCGUUGAGCACUGACAUAGACUGCGGAAAAAGCACAGAGACAGAAAAACAGGUGGACACUGACAAACAUGAGACAGAUUCAGAUGUGAGGGAUGAUCAGCUCCCCUUGCAUUCUGGGGAAGGACUAGAGCAGGAGAAGCAACAAGACAAAACUACAUUACCAAAAGCAGAGGUGAAUUCCCAGCCUGAGCCUGAAGUUAUUCCUUCAGACAGCUUGAAAGAAUCUGAUUUGCCAAACCCAACUCAGACUGAUAACCUUAAAGUAAAUCAGUCAUUGGACAUAAAUGGCAGCGAGGAGUCACCAUCAAAAACACCAGACUUCUCAGAGUCUCCAGCAGAUGCAGAGCUGCCAAAGGCAAAGCCCUCUAGCACAGAUACCCUGACUCCCCCUGAGCAAACGCAGACAUCUAUUGGGGCCCCGUUUGCUGUCAAAGCUGAGAAUGUAGCGCUAGACCUGGAGCAUUUAAAACCUGCGCCCAGGUCAAAUAGCCCCAAUUCUUCCCAGCACAGCACCACUCCCUUAGUUAAAUCUGACGUUCCAAAUGUUGUUUUUCGACGCAAGAGAGGUGGUAAGAGGAGGAGGAUGGUAAACAAGGUUUUAUUACCAAGAGAGCAUCUUGUAGAGAACCACGAAGCGGGUGGUGACACCCAACCAAAAACAAACUGCGGUGAUGAGGAAAAGGAAGCUAACGCCAGUGUUGGCGAAAAUGUCAUCUAUACUAAAAAGGGGGGUAAAACCCUGUUGAAAUGUGGUUACUGUGGUCGUACUUUUAAGUUUCUGUCUCAGUUCGUCAUCCAUCAGCGCAUUCAUACAGGAGAGAGGCCGUUCAAGUGUUCAGAGUGUGGCAAGGGUUUUAGCAAAAACUCUAACUUAAAUCUUCAUCUCAAGACUCACAGAAAGAGCAAUAUAUAUCAGAAGUGCCCAUAUUGCAAGAUUAAAUUCUCUUGCUCUGAGUACGCUGCGCAUAUGGAAACGCAUGCACACGAGCUGAACGAGGAGUGUAAGAACAGCAAGGCUGAGGAACAGAGCAGAGAGCCAGCAGAGGAAAGCAGUAAGGAGCUGCAAAGAGCAGUGGAAAAAAGAGAGAAGAAAGUCUGCCAGUACUGUGGCAAAUCAUUCCCAUUUCAGUCGGCGCUCAUAAGACACGUCCGAGUCCACACAGGAGAGAAGCCUUAUAAGUGCGACAUCUGUGGCAAAGCUUUCGGGCAGGCCUAUUUCCUCCGUGUUCACGAGCUCACGCAUUGGUCUGUGAAGCGUUACAACUGCACCCAUUGUGAAAAAUCAUUUACUCACUACAGCAAUGCAAAAAAUCACUCAUGUAGACCCUCGGGAAGCGAUGGCAACGCGCAAGCACACAGACGCCCAAAGCCUUCGCUAACGUACACAUGCCACAUCUGCAAGAAUGUUUUUGACCAUUUGCAGGAGUUCAACAGCCACAUGCGAGAGCACACCGGCGCAAAGCUUUAUCGCUGCUUGUACUGCGACAAGCUGUUCGGUGUGCUGUCUGAAUUCAACGCCCAUCGCAGUCAGUGCAGCGUGGAAAAAAAUGCCUCCAGCUCUGCGAUUAAGGAGGAGGGGACGGUGUCGUUAAUUCAGUACACAGUGCCUGCGCUCAGGUGCUCAUCGGCGCACAACUCAGCUCUGGUGGCAGCUGCCAGCUGUGAAACUCAGAAGAAACAGCCACAGAUCAUCCGCAAGAAACACUCCAACAUCCUGAAAAAACCGUUCCAGUCCACGGUAAUACCAGCUCACAGUAUCUCACACCUAGUGUCAAAGUUAAACAAAGUAGACAACAGAUCAGAUCCCAGGAGAUAUCUGUGCCCAAACUGUGGGCGACUCUUCAGACACAUGGGCAGGCUCAGAGCCCACAUGCUCACACACGCCCCAGGUCAAAGCUACACCUGUGCCUGCUGUGGUAAAACACUAGGAAGCUGGAAAAAGCUGUGGCACCAUCAGAGAAUUCAUCGUCACAGGCAUGGCCGCUUCACGUGUCCUCAGUGCGGGCAAGGUUUUCGGUUUGUAGAGCCUUACAAAAAACACAUGAGUGAGCACCCAGAGUUCCAGUGGGUUCAAGUCAGGCCCAAGAAAGUGUUUCUGCCUUAUCAAUGUGAGCGCUGCAAGUGCAGCUUUAAAACUCUAGACAUGCUCUUUAGUCACCAGCUCUGCCAUUCCUCAACGCAAGACGUACGCAAAGACUCUGAUUUUGAUUUAUCAGUAGAUGAUCGCAAUGCACCAUCAAACACGAAAACGCUAAACCCUCCCACCAAUAAUGGCAUAGAAACAUUACGCCAAGUUUCUGAGGAAAUUAACUCUCUCUCAGAUCCCUUAUCUAAAUAUCCAGACCCAGUUUUUCAGGAAUCAAUUGUGACUUCCUAUGUUCAAAGCCAGGAUCCUGAUUUGGGUAAUUCUUCUGAGCAUCCCAGCAGGGCAAAUGUAGUGCAAGAUAAAGAGGCCAGUUGUGACAGUGCAGGUAAAAAUGGAAUUGGAAAACCCAUUACCCCUUUAAGAACUGUGAAGAAACACGUGACUCAGAAUGCCAGCAUGUCAAAUGAAAAGCCUUCAGAUGGUGUGAGCUGUGCUGUGUGUGGAAGUUCCUACGCAGCCAUUUCAGACCUUUAUCAGCAUUAUUUGCAGCACGCUAGAGGCCAGGUGUAAUGAUUUUAAAUCAAAAUACAUUUCGAUGGCCAUCGAUGUUCUGUGCCCAUCACGUUUUUCCACUCUGGGGUCCUUGUAAUCGUGUACUAAGCUAUAUUUCCAUACAAACGUCCCAGGAAAUUUCAAGGCACAAAAAGCUUUCUUCAGACUGUUGGUUGUCUGCAUUUUCACCAUGGUUUAAAGAGCUGUGAAGAUUAGGCAAAUUAGGCUUGCCACUAUAUUGCGGAUCACUACUUCAGCGUAGAGCACACUAAAAUGUUGAUGUCGUAAUGUGAAAUGAGCGAGGUGAGCGCGCAAUUCUUUGCCACUAAAGAGACAUGCAGUCAUCACAAAGUGGAUCCAAAAUGUUAGAUUGAACAUAUUUUGUGAGGUAUUGCAGCAUAUUGUGAUGUGAGUGAGAAGUGCAGUAGUCGCAGACAUGAACCGAAGCCCCAUUCACAGUAAUACCGCUUAGAAAGGAUGUUUUGUUAGGUUAAAUAUUUCCUCAAAACUCUAAAAUAUUGCCGGGUCCCUGGAAAACAUCCUGAUUUACUCCGCAGGUUCCUUAUUCUUUGGGAAACCUGUGGUGGAAAUGCAGCUUUAGAUAAAUCCCCACCAGCUAAUUAUGUUUAUCUGGACGUAGAGCUUUCAGUGGGAGAAAUGUUUCAUCGCUAAUCCAAGCGACUUCUUUGGUCUCAGCUCAAUGCAGGUUUUGUUGGGUUCAUUUUAUGAGAGAGAAGACAAAUAUGCAAAGUGCAUUUUCUUAAGUUUAUUAAGCAGUUAAAGGUUCAAGUUAAAAACAGCUGUGGAAAUGCAAAUGUACUGUUUAAUAUGUUGGGGAAACCUGCAUUCACCUGAGACUGAAGAAGUCACUUGGAUGAGUGACGACAUGUUUCUCACACUGAAAACGCCACGUCCAGAUGAACUGAAUCAACUUUUUGGGAUUUCCUUACCUGGAUGAUUCAGCAUGCAUCAAGACAGCUUUGAAUAAAGGUAAUGAAAUGCUGUUGCACACCUGGGAAACUUAGACACUCAAAUGACUUGUAAGAUUAUGCUCUAAUCGUUUAGUCAGCUAUUUAUCUGCAAGAAAUUUUUAAAUGAGUUUCAUCAGGUUUAGGCAAUGUCUGCGGCUAAAAGUCACUAACCUUCCUUUUAGUAUUCUGUAAUUCAAUUCGUAUAAAAUGAACAGAAGAGAUGUAGAUAAAGAGAGAAGUGCAAAUUUGAUACGAGUGCUCUGUGUCAAAUUCAGUUUAACCAGAAGCCACCCUGGGAUUAUGCAUUAUGCCUAUUUCGCAGCAGCCACAGCAGAUAGUAGGGAGACACAGGUGUCAAUAAUCUAAACACAUUAUUAAAGCUUCGUGUCUGUUUAGUCGCUAUUUUAAGUCAAAUGGCUGCUGUGAAAUAGGCCUGUUGGAUAAAUGUUUAUGAUUUUUGAAAAUCAUAAAGAGAGUGGUCCUUGGAUGGAUUUUGUUUUGCUCUUGUGCACAAUAUUCACUGAAAUCCUUUGAACCAUCACAUUCUUGCCGCCCUACAUCUUUCUAAUUUUUACAAAUUGGAGAAAAUACACUGUGCUGGGGGGCUGGGGGGAGAGAGACAGUACUGCUCCCACUAAUGAGGCAUGGAUGGACUGACUAGCAAGUAAAUACAACACAUUGGACAUUGACACUGUGGGUUCAGUAUUAAAAUCUACUUCAUGCAGAUGUUUUCUUGGCUGUUACAGUGUUUUGGUCCACAACAAUAACGUGUUCUGGCAUUUUGUAUUUACAUUUUAAGAGUGACUAUCAGUUUUACUCAUGUAUCAUUUUGUGAGCCUGUGAUAAACUGAAUUAUUGCAAAGUUUUUCAAUAAAUACUGACAAACACACGUUCCUCAUUUGUUGAGCCAAGCUUGUUUUGUUGAACGAUGAUCACUGUUUACAGCUUUUGGAAAAGAUGCUUUUUCAUGCUUUGUGUUUAUGUCAGGCUUGAGUUCAGUGGGGUCCUUUAAAGCAGUGGUCCCCAACCUUUUUUGCACCACGGACCGGUCUUUAAGACCACGGAUGAAUACAACAAAAUAAAAUGAUACGACCAAAACAAAAACUGUGGUAUUUUGUAAAUAUAAUAAUAAACACGAAUUCACUGUGUAAUUGUCUAACUUUAUUAGCAGCUAACAAUAACCAUAAAUAUUUAAAACCAUAAAUUUCACACCCGAGCCUCUCGCGACCCGGUACCAAACGACCCAUGGACCGGUACUGGUCCGUGUCCCAGGGGUUGAGGACCGCUGCUUUAAAGAAUUAACAAUUCAAAGCAGUUUCUGAAUGGACACCUUGCAGUGUUGUAAAUAAUUUUCUUCUAUAGUUUGUCUUAAUAAAA